GAAACUCGCGAUAAUUUUUGAGGCUUCUGCUGGUUGCUGCGAUACAGAGAGCGGCGUGGAGCAACUAGUACGCUAUUUCACUGGUGUUCAUUUGCAAAAGGGAGAUUAGUCCAGCUGAAGAGAUGGCAAGCAAUCAGAGGCCUCCAUCUGCUCUUACAAGUACAAAGGGAAGCCUGGGACCUACUGGGAGACCACCUUCAGCUGCUUUACGUGCCCCACCUUCUGCAGUCAGAGUGGGAACAGCAAUGCCCCCAAGCACUGCGAGGCCUGGUUCACGAGGUGGUCCUGUGGCUGCUGGAGGAGUCCUGUCUUCUCAGAUAAAAGUUGCAGAUCGUCCUGUAACACAGCAAGGACUUAGUGGAAUGAAAACUGGCAUGAAAGGACCACAAAGACAAGUUUUGGACAAGUCAUACUAUCUUGGUCUUCUUAGGAGCAAAUUAAAUGAACUAACAACAGAAACAAGCAAAUUGCAGAAAGAAAUAGAUCUUUACAAUGAGGAGAGCUCUGUUUACCUUUCCUAUGAGAAAAGGGCAGAGGCUUUGGCUACAGAAAUUAAGGAGCUUCAGGGGCAGCUGGCAGACUGUAAUAUGCUUGUUGACAAACUGAACACAAACACAGAAAUGGAAGAAGUGAUGAAUGACUAUAAUAUGCUUAAAGCACAAAAUGAUCGUGAAUACCAAAGCAUAGAUGCUAUCUUCACAGAAAGGCAUGAGAAGGAAGAUAAAAUUCAUGCAGUAGAGGAAGAAAUUCAGCAGAAGAAAAAGGCUACAGAUAGCAUUAUCCAAAACAUGUCAGAGGAAAAACAAGUGAAGUACAUGAAGAUGAAAGCUACAAAUGAGGAACUGUUGCAGGAACUGGAUGCUAGGCAGCAGGAGCAAGAUGCACUAGCCACUAAGAAGGAGAUGUUAGAAGCUGAAAUAGCAUACUCUCAGGUGAAACAAGAAGCUGUGGAGUUGUAUGAAAAGCUGUAUGAGCUUGAAUCUCGCCGAGAUCAGAUGAUAGAAGAAGACAAGAGUCUAGGAACUCCACAAGAGGAAACAGGAAGACUACUGAAGCAGGUUAAAGAGGACAACCAAGAACUAGCCAGCAUGGAAAGACAACUGGCUGAAAUAAGAGAAAAACUUAACCAGUCUUCUGAAGAGAUGAGACGGCUUGAUAUGGAUCAAGAAGAUCUCCAAGGUGAUGUAAGGCAAAAAUGGAGUAGCAGGAAAAGAAGGCAGAAGAAAAUGAAAAGUUUUCUUGAGACAUUUGAAGAGACUAAAAUGCAAGAGCUGGAAAGGAAGUCACAGACUGAGGCCAGCAUUGUUGCUCUUUUGGAACACAUGAGUAGGAAUAUGAACCGAUUGAAGCAAAUUUCUUCUGUCACUGCACAUGAUCUGAAAAUCAUGCAAGAAGACCUCAGCUUCAAAGAAAUAGAAAUGCAGAAGUCCCAGAGCACUGCUAAGAACCUUACAUCAGAGAAUGCACGUCUACAGCAGGAUCUUCAGAAGGUGGAGCAGCUUGAGAGCAAGAUUAAUGCUGAGUUGAACUCAUUAAAGGAAAAAAUUCAGGAAAUGACAGAGGCCCUGGAAGUUUAUGGUAAUUUAGAUGCACUGAAGUCUGCUGGAGAGGAAAAGAAAAAAAAACUUCUGGAAGAAAGAGUAACCUUAACAAGAUGCAGAGAUACAUUUAAGAAAGUAAUGCAUGAACUAAACAGUGAAUAUGAGACUCUCAAGACCCAGUUAAAGGAGAAUGAAACAAAUUCACAGCUUACAAAUCUGGAGCGGAAGUGGCAACACCAUGAACAAAACAAUUUUGUGAUGAAAGACUUUAUAGCUGCUAAGAGUCUUGAAAGUGACUACCGUCCUGUGGUGAAAAAAGUGAAGAAUCAUAUCACAGAGUACAAUAAACUUCUCAUAGAGUCUUUGCAAAACACCAGGAAUUGAGCUGGUGGCUGACUUCCUUCCUGUUUCCGUCCAUGUGAAUUCCAAGAUGUUCAGCAGUUCUCAACUGGCUGCACCUUUCUUUUCUGUUGUUUAGAAAAUAUUUGCAAAAGAACGUCAGAUUGAGUUCAGUGCUUUUAAUGAAAUCAAAUGGUCAUAA